AUGCCCUUGGACCCCACCUUCAUGCUGCGGCGCUCCGUCUCCAACGUCAUCUGCUCCGUGGUCUUCGGGGCGCGGUUCAGCUACGAGGAUGAGGAGUUCCAGACGCUGCUCGGCCUGAUCCAGGCGAACUUCCGGCGCGUGGACACCGUCUGGGUGCAGCUCUACAACCUCUUCCCUGCCGUCAUGAACCACCUGCCCGGCCCUCACAACCGGCUCUUCGAGAACUUCGAGGAGCAGAAGCGCUACGUGGCCGGGGUCGUCCGGAAGCACAAAGAGACCCUGGACCCGUCCUCCCCGCGGGACUACACAGAUGCCUUCCUCAUCCGGAUGCAGCAGGAGGAAAACGAUCCGGACACCAAAUUCCACCACGAAAAUUUGAUCCUCUCGGCACUGGAUUUAUUCUUCGCGGGCACGGAAACCACCAGCACCACGCUGAGAUACGGGCUGCUGAUUCUGCUGAAGUAUCCUCCCAUCACAGAAAGAAUUCAGGAGGAGAUUGAGCGAGUCAUCGGCCAGGACCGCGUCCCGGGCAUGGAGGACAGGUCCAAGAUGCCCUACACCGACGCUGUGAUCCAUGAGAUUCAGAGGUUCGCGGACAUCAUUCCUCUGGGCGUUCCCCACUCGGUGACACGGGACACCCAGUUCAGGGGAUACGCCAUCCCUAAGGGCACGGCCGUCUUUCCCGUCUUGCAUUCCGUCCUGCACGACCCCGCGCAGUUCGAAGACCCGGAGACCUUCGACCCCGGGCAUUUCCUGGACGAGGCGGGUGGAUUUCAGAAGAACGCGGCGUUCAUGGCCUUCUCCGCAGGGAAGCGGGCGUGUCCCGGCGAGGGCCUGGCCCGCAUGGAGCUCUUCCUCUUCUUCACCUCCAUCCUGCAGCGCUUCGCCCUCCGCCCGCCCGCCCGCCCGCAGGACCUUGACAUCACCCCCGAGUACCACGGCUUCGGCAAGGUGCCGCGCGAGUAUCAGCUGCAGCUCGUCCCCCGCUGAACGCCAGCAGCCGUGCCAUGGCGGCCAGGCCCAGUUCCCCGGCGGCCUGCACCUCGCCCAGCGCGUUACACUGGUGCAAAACACUAUCGGGGCCAGGCAGGAGCAUUGUGCACAUGAGAAAACCAGGAGCAUGACUGUGGAGGAUCCCGCGUGGGUGUGUGAGCCCAGCUCUGUGUGUGUGUGUGUGUGUGUGUCCCUGCUGGGGGGGCCGGGAGGGCUGAGCCCUG